GAGUCAGUUGCCUGGCGACUAGCGAACCGCUUGGACGUGCUCGUCGGUAGUCUCGAUUUGUGAGUUUCCCCUAACAUAUUGUUAGCCAAGUUAGUCGACAACGACGACGUAGACGACGACAAAUCCGAAAUUUUUUGGGAAAUGCUGCUUUCAAUGCAAAUGUGGCGCUCUCUGUGUCUGGCGGCCCUCUUCUGUGGAUUAGCCCAGGCCAAAGGCUCCCACAAGGUGCACUGCUCCGAGGACCAGAUGAGGGUCGACAUUGGCCUGCCGGAACCGGAGGGCAAGGACCAGACCGCCCCUCAGAUCUAUCUGGAGGGACUCAAGGGCUAUCCGGAUGUGCGUUGCCAGCCUCAAAUCGAUGGAUCUCUGGCAGUGUUCCGGUUGUCACUUAGUGACUUUUACGAGUGCGGGGUCACCAGGAUGGUUAACCAGCUAACGGGAAAGAAGGUGUACUACCAUAAAAUUAUUAUAGAGUCUGCUAACAGCAAGGAGAUCGUCAGCGUUAAAUGCAUCACUACAAGCAGUCCCGCCUAUAAUGUCAUGAUGAAUGCCACCACCAGCUCCAGCUCCAGCUCCAACGGACGCGGCUUGGUCAAGCGGGAUGUGCUGCCGGCGGGUUUCCAGGAACCUGAAGACCUGGAGAUCACCACCUCGCUGACCAAGCGGGCCCCAGAACCCAGGCUCUCCAUUGGAGUUAGCCAGGAUGGCCAGAAGUUCACCAGGGAUUUGACUGUUAAAUCGGGAACCCCCUUGACCAUGGAAAUCAAUCUUGACGAGGACUCGGCUCCGGUUUAUGGCUUGGGAGUAAAUUAUCUUGAUGUGACUGAUACACACACCUCCUCGGAGACCUUGAUCUUCAAGGGUUGCACUGUGGAUCCUUAUCUGUUUGAGAACUUCAACACCAUUGACGGAGACAUUCUGAGCGCCAAGUUCAAGGCCUUCAAGUUCCCAGACUCCUCCUACGUCCAGUUCCGGGCCACGGUCAAUGUCUGCUUGGACAAGUGCCUGGGCACCCAGUGCUCCAACAACCAGGUGGGCUUCGGCCGUCGCAAGAGGGAGAUCAAUGCAAAUGCGGCGAAUAAGGUCUACGAGAUCUCGGUGGCCAUGUUCCUGCAGGUGCAGGACAUCGAGGGCGUUAACAAGAAUGAGGUACUGCAAUUGGAGGAGAAGCUUCAGGAGCUGAAGCUGGCCAACCAGCGCCUGGCCAGAAACAGUCGCGGCAACUUUGCUAGCAGCGCUGUGGAUCAGUCCCCGGCCAGCGCACUGCCCGCCUUCGUGGUGGACGAGCGGGAGUUGGGGCAACUCACCUCAGGAUCGGGAUCUGGAUCUGGAUCGAUGGGCCUUUCACUCCUCCUCUGGACGCUGCUGGGUGCCCUGAGUUGGCGGCUGAUGUAAAAGAAGAAGUUGUAAAUCAAGUAAAGCUCUCGAGAUGUGGACGGAGGAAUGCUAAUCAGGUCGGAAUUGCGUGCAGUGGCAAUGAACGAAGGAGGGAAUAUUAAUGUACUACCUAACUACUAAUAUAUACCUAUACUUGAUGUAACUGCCAUUUACAGAACGUAAUUAACUUUAAAUGUAUUCGUAGCAUAAGUUUUCUACGACUUAUGGCAGGAGGCAUUGCGACAAACAAACAAAAAAUAUACAGAAAACAGUGAUUCUUAAAAAAAAUACACAACACUUAUAAAUAUAUAUAAAUACAUAUAUUGGAGAACUUGAUGAAGAACUCGGUCUAACUCAUAAGCACCUACUAGUCUCCUAAGUGUAACUGUUAAGCUAAUUUAAUUAACGUCUAAACUAAUCGAAUUAAUUGAUUAAACUUAACUCUGAUCAAAAGUA